GGGCUGGUUUGAACACGGAAGCAGGAACAAGACGCGUCAAGGCGUCCGACCUGUCGACUUGCGUUUGUCAGAGAGGAUUGUGUCGUGAGCUCACAAGGGAGAAACGAACCGAAACGAAUUUGACUGUUCGCGAUUUCCACCGGACAGAAUGACGACGCAUCUGCUCACAGUGUGCCUGUGUUGCUGCUUGGUCACAGCGGCUCUGUCUAAAGUUGACCCACAGGACCCAAACCAACCAGAUCAGUCAAAAACCAAUGACAAUCCACCAAAUAGUAUUAGUUCGGUUGAGAAGACUGGGGCUGGUAGUAAUGGAGUGGGAGAUCAACAUCAGACAAAUGGCAUUGCAAACAAACCAAAGACAAUCAAUGACAAGAAAAAGCCCGAAGAAGGAACCACUGAGAAGAAAACAGAUGAAGGAACCACUGAGAAGAAAACAGAAGGAGCCACUGAGAAGAAAACAGAUGAAGGAACCACUGAGAAGAAAAUAGGAGCCACUGAGAAGAAAACAGAAGAUGGAACCACUCAGACAAAAACAGAAGGUGAGACUCAGAACAAACCAGUAGAAGGAGACACUCAGAAAAAAACAGAAGAAGGCACCCCUGGGAAAAAAACAGAAGAAGGUGAGACUCAGAACAAACUAGUAGAAGGAGACACUCAGAAAAAAACAGAAGAAGGUGAGACUCAGAACAAACCAGUAGAAGGAGACACUCAGAAAAAAACAGAAGAAGGUGAGACUCAGAACAAACCAGUAGAAGGAGACACUCAGAAAAAAACAGAAGAAGGUGAGACUCAGAACAAACCAGUAGAAGGAGAUACUCAGAAAAAAACAGAAGAAGGUGAGACUCAGAACAAACCAGUAGAAGGAGACACUCAGAAAAAAACAGAAGAAGGCACCCCUGGGAAAAAAACUGAAGAAGAGACCAAGAAGAAAAGUCCAAACGGAGAGGAAGGCAGAAAUGUUGACUCAGGAGAGAAUAGCCAGUCUAACUCACCUGGAAUGGAGAACGAGGCAGAGAGCAGUCAUUUCUUUGCCUACCUUGUCUCCACAGCUGCACUGGUGGCAGUGCUUUACAUCGCUUACCACAACAAGCGCAAGAUCAUUGCCUUUGUUUUGGAGGGAAAGAGAGCUAGAUCCGCACGUCGACCUACAACCACAGAAUACCAGAAGCUGGAACAACAGAUGUGAACUCAAGUCAUUCUUAUGAAGAUAUUUGCCUGGAGCCGCUGAAUGCACUGUGGGUUUCGUGAGAAGAGGGCGGGUGGAUAUUGGCGUUAGAUAUUUUCUUGCUGUACUUGAUUUCACGUUGCUUUAAAUGGACAUUGCUCUAUUUUGUACCUUUCAGAUGCUUAUUGCAUGACUAUGCAGAUUACAUUGUUGCCUUAUUGAGGGACAAGAGAAGGGAAAUGCAGUGAAGGUAAAAAGAAAAAGGAAAAAAAAGAAAAGCAUGCUGUUUUUGCACUUGCGGCGCUAUUCCACUUUUUAGGCAAUUGUGUAGUUUGACCCGACUCAGGAUAUUUCAGUAGCAGAUAAAAGAAAAUUUGCUGUUUGGAUUCCAGCCUUGUUUGUACAGUACAUGCAGUCAUUGCACUGUGUACUUAAAUAAGCCAUUCGAAUCUUUGUAAAAAAUAUUGUUUGUGUACGAUUUCUGUGUGGAUGUUUUAAAUGUCUAGUAGAUAAAAUGUAUUGAGAUUGAGUUUAGAUGUACAAAAGUUUAUGAAUGGGAUUUCUGCUCACAACCCUAUAGUAGUGCGCCAGAUGAAUGUAAUAGCAACCUUUAUUUAAACAAAUAUGAUGCUUGCACAGUGCUUCUUGAAGGCUGAUACUAAUAACAUGCCGACAGAUAAACAGAUGAAGUCUCUGCGUUAAAUUAUAUUCUAUCAUUUAAAAAAAAAAUUUUUUAAUAAAUCCUCAUUUGUUUUUUUGCUGAGUCAGAUGAAGAGAUCUGACCUCUCACAGGUUCCUGGUAGAUGCAGCACUAACUAGCUGCCGAUUAGCUUUGCUGAGCAUAAAGAAUGACUACAGUUUCCGAAAGUAACAAAAUCUGCCCUCUUAACCAAAGCGUUAAGUGUUGUGUAGCUGUGUUUUACGCAGGGCUACGUGUAAGACCAUUUCAGGGGCAGGGGGGUUAAUGCUAAGCUAAGCUAGCCCUCUGCUGGCUGUAGCUUCAUCUUUAGCAUACAGACGUGUGGUCACAAUCUUCUUAUCUCACUCUCCACAGGAUAAUGAACAAACAUAUUUCCACAAAUGUUGAGCCAGUCCAUUUAAAUACAGCGUUAAGUAACUUGACUAAAGUUUUAACUGCCGAAGACUUUAAAUCAAAAAUGUGUUUUAUUUGAGGAAACUGGCCAACAGCAGCACUGUUUUGACCAUUGUGCACUUGUCUCUGGGGAUAUAGGUUGACCACUUACAUUAUAUUUAAGCUUUCGUCUUGAGUAGAUGUGCGUGUUGUUUCAAGCUGAUUUGUGCCAAUUUAUGGAUGAUUUAAUGUGAAUCAGUGUGUGACUUGUAUUGUGCCUGUUUCAUAAAAGAAUUCUGUAUUUUCUA